AGGGCAUCAUCCUCACCAGACGAUCAGGUGUCACACAUCCGUGGAUUUGUCUUUUUCAUUUCUCUCGCUGUCACGGACCCAUCAACAUACAUUAUUAUUUAAAUUAAUCUACAAGAUUGACGGCUCAUCAAAUAAUAUCUCCACCAUUUGAAUAUCAAACCGUUUUCCUGAACGUUUAGUUAUGACAAAAUUCAACAUGAAUGUUGUUUCAUCCGACAUGAGAGCUAGACUUGAAUUUAUGAUGAACAUUUACAAUCGACUGAUGUUAUCGAAUCCAGAAGAUGAGUUAACCGGCAAAAACAGAUCUGAUUAUUGUUCAUUAAAUGGUUAUAUAAAAUUGAUGCAAUGUGCAACCAAUAGUAAAAAACCCAAAAAAUCCAUUAAGUGUCGGGCUAACCGUCCAGUGUCAUACAAGAACAACAACGUCCCGCCUACGGGCAGUCACAAGAGUUAUAAGAAUAUAAGCAGCGCAUCAUCCGUGUCUUCCAAACCGUCUCUAAGUCGAUCACCGUCAUCGUUGCUGUUUGAUUUAGAAAACAAUUCAAUAUCUAAUUGUUUUGAAGAAACCAAGCGACUCCUAUGGAUGGGUUGUAAGGCGGUGGAUGACGCCUUGGACGUAAAUCGCGAUCUACCUAUGUGGGUGCAAACUGUUGAUUCCAACAAUAUCGUCAAGCAGUUAUUGGCGUCCAUGGAUACAGGACGUGUAGACAAGGGAAAUGUUCACACGCUGGUGGCUGUAUUCAUAAAUUUCAGUAUCACUAUGAUCGACAUGUUCGCGAUGAAUGCAAAAGUGGACAAGCACUGGUGGAAAUACUCUUACAAGAUUAUGGAACAGUUGAUCGACGACAUAAACGUACACUGUCGUGCUAAAGACCCUUUAAAUAGCACAUUAAAAGUAAAAGGCAAGAGUGGAGACCGUAUGCUGAACAAGGCGUUGUCUACCAUUACCCAGCUGAAGAAAAUUAUUCCUGUCGACAAGACUGAAAACAGUACCGGACACAACAAUAUUCAUAAUCCAAUGAUUCCACUUGUGCUGUCUGCAUCUCAACAGUCGACCACUUUCCCUCCGACUUUACCUCCUACUACCGUUGAUUUCAACGCGUCCAACCAACAAUACAUGAACUACAAUGGUUUCAGCAACAAUCAGAAUUAUAUAAACGGUUAUGGUUAUCCCAGUCAAUUUCAAGCCACGCCAAAUCCAGCACCUCCGCCACCACCUCUGUUGCAAAUGAACAGGCCGCCGUACAGUCAAAUGCAAUAUCGGCCGCCGUAUCAGCCGGCACCUUACCAACAGUACGCCAAUCAAGUUCGUGUCAACCAACCGCAAUACUGUCAGUACAUGCAACAGCAGCCGCCAAAUUCGUGGCCCAAUACCUAUCAAAAACCAGCGUACCAACCCGUACAUAAUGGACCGUUUCCGUCCGCUCAAUUCGCAGCAGUGGCAAAUCCACAGCCCAAACCCGAAGCUAAACUCAUCGAAGUCAAAGAAGAUGACGAGAAAAAGUGGCUUGAAGCGCAAAAAGACGCCAAACAAUUGGUCAAUAACGCCAUGAUAGCUACUCGGUCGACGGACAGUAGCAACACGUCAAACGAAAGCGAAGAGGGUUUGGUCAGCUUACGUCCAACGUUUGAACGUAUGUCAGAUCGAGAUAGUAUUUGCGGUCCGUUGCCGGAUGAUACCGAUCGCAUGUGGAACUUUUUGGCCAGAGAAGUCGAUAAAAAGGUCCGGUAUAAAUUUCAAAAAAUGAUAAGGGAAAUGCAAGAUAUUCCUAAAGAUGAAUUCCAUAGAGAACCGGAACUAUUUGAAACGACUUAUCAAAACGUUGUAAGAAUACAACUGUUCGAGCCUAUUCGUUGUAAAAUGAUCAAUAAAAAAUACGAAAACGUCCAAGCUGUUGUUAGAGACUUUCGUCUGGUAUUCAGUACAUUUCGCCAUAUUUCUCAGCAGUCUAAUGAUGUUAAAUGUAAACUAAUGAUGGACUUUAUGGAACGUUAUUUCAAUGAGUGCCUCAGAAAGUAUUUUAGAGGAUGGAACUUAGAUAAGUAUCGACCAGGUGUAGUUGAUACUUUGUGACACUGGUAAAUAAUAAAUAAGAGUAUCAACUCAAAUUAUUCUAUCAUUUUCAAAUGUUUAAUAUAGUCAGAUUAUUAAAUAAUCUAAUUUAGAAAAUUUUUAUAAAUUUUACAUGCGUGUUAUAAAGCAAACAUUUUAUUAUUUAUAUUUCAUUAGUUACUAUUUAUUAC